AAACCAAUUACAAAAUGGCGGACGGUAGCCAAAUGGUUCUUUCUGACCUCCUCUCUUCUUCCCUGACUGGAGAAAUGCCUCAAAUGAUGAGAGAGGGAGAAGGAAUGAGCACCAGUGAGGGAUUUACCUUUUCAUCAUCUUCUACUCUUAAAAAAGGCGAAAUACCACAAACUUUUAGUUUACCUGAUAAUAAUCCUGAUCCUUCACAACAGCAUCAGUUACUAUCUCUACCUCCUAAUAUCAACGAUCCUUCUCGAGGAGUACCUCGUCAAUUAUCUGAUUUAUAUCCCGGGGUAGACGCUCUCUUUCAUAAAAUCAGCGAACAAAGAAUUAAUAAUAAUAAUAAUAAUUUGAAAAAUACAUUCAUUUCUGGAGGAGUUCCUAAAACUGAUGAAAGGCCUUCGCCACUUUUAAAGUUAGUGAGUGAUAAAAAUAGUCCUCAAUAUCAGCCUUUCCUGGCUCCGCCCGUGAUUAAAUCAGUAAUUGCUCCGCCUACUUUUUUAACGACUUGUAUUCCCUCGUCAAAGCCACCUAAUAAUGCCAAAGUGCCACGUCCUAUUAAUUAUAAGGAGUGGGUGGAGCUUGUUCUUCCUAAUAUUCCAACGAGACCGUUUGUUCCUAAACUCCUCCCACCUUCAGCUGUGGCCCCGCCCCUUUUAAAAUUAGAAGAUCCUCUAUCAAAAAUGAGAGCUAACGGUUUCAAAUUACUUACUUUACCCUCGGACGUCCCAAACAUGCAACAUGUACAUGUACGUAAGAGCCGAAGUAGAGUCACGCCCACUAGUCGACAAAAAAGACAAAUAAGAUUUAAAUCUCCUGAUCAUACGGUUACCACGGCUACUAAAGCCAUGCCCAUUAGGAUUACGUCAUCAUCCGACGAAAUUUUGUCCAGUCCAGACUCAUCUCUUAGCAACAAGCCACGCCCAUCAUCACCUAAUAACGAACAAUUAGCACUACCUAAAGAAAUUUCUCCUCAAACUUUACCUAGCAACAAGCCCCGCCCACAAGAUACCCGUCUCACUAAAAAUCAAUUAACUCUUAGUGCAAUAAAACACGUUAACAUUAGUACCAGCAGCUAUAGUGAAGAAGAGGAGAAGGAGGAAAAAUUAUUAGUAUCAUCACACACUCAUUCACCAUCACACCACUCACCUACUUCUCCUUGUUCAGGUACACCUCCUCGUUCCCCUUCCCCUUGUUCAGGAACACCCCCACGACCCCCUUCCCCUCGUUCUCCUUCUCCUCCUCGUUCACCCUCACACCGUUCCCCCUCUCUCUCACCUCCUCCAACUAAACGGGUACCAUCACUAAAGACAUCAGUUGCCGUACAAGUUGAUAUUAAUGAUAAAUCACACCUACCUAAUGAUGGGCAGAGACUAUACACUGACGUCAUUGAUAUUGAGGAGGAGGAGGAUGUGGAGGAAGAGGUUUUUAUGGUAACGGAUCGGGUCACUAGGACUCCGCCUAUUCCUCGCCAUCACUAUGGCAACCGACCUGAUGACGUCAUGAAGCAGUUUGAACUGCUAGAGAAGCAGUUGUCCUUACUGGAAGCUAACGCUGAAGACAUUAAAGAUGAUUUCAUGACAUCAAGAAGAAUAUUAAGCACUAUUGAUAGACUCACUCCCACUGGUGGACAAGAGGCUCUCACUCCUUCUAAAUAUGGUCAACCUUUUCCAUCACCUUUUGCAACUCCUCGUUACGAUAUUGGAUCUAUAGAGAGGUCUCUACCUCCUACUCCAAACUAUAAGAAAGGAACAGAUACACCUAGGAGUCAAUUGCACACUUUUAGAAGUACUACUCCUAACACUGACAUCACUAAUGAUGGAGUGUCUCUUGAUGGUGAUUCUAAUGAGAAGAGAAGCAAUCUAAGAAGAUGGAUGUCGAAGAAGUUUUACGAACGAAAUACCGAGUACAAGAACCAGCGUGAAGAACUGAGAAGGAAAGAGAAGCGACCUUUUAAAACCAAAUCUUCUUCCUCCACACCUAAGAAACCUCUACAUCAGAAAAGAGAACAAGAGGAGAUUAAUCGUCACUCGCGACUAAAAGAAGCUCACAGUCUCAUGGAGGACAUGCUACAAUCAAGCUCUCUUCUCUCAAACUCACUUAAACAUCAACUACCAACUGAACCAGAAACAAGCAACAAGAAAAAGAAAAAGACCAUCACUAGUACUACUACUAGUAUCAAAGAGAAGAGAGAGAAGGAGAAUAGAAGAGGGUUUGGUGCAAGGACAUCAAGAAGUGUCCAGCAAUCACCAGUAAGGACUGAGGGAGGAGGGUAUAGCAAGAGGAGGAUAGCUAGUGUGGAGGGACUAACACCAAGAGAACAAGAUAAAAUGGCAGAAAUACUGGCAACUUUUAAAAACAAGAGAGGUGAUUCUUCGUCUUCUUCUGUAGACUGGGAUGAAGUAGAUGAAAUAAUGGCUGCAUCCAGUUAAUGACAUCUUCCUUAAUGAAUUCCACUCUCUCUUUUCCAUCUACAUCAUGUAUUUGUACAUUUGUUGUCCUGCAAUUUUAACACCUUCAUAUAC